AUGGCUGCGGCUGAUGAACUGACGCCUGCCGCUUUUGCUGGAGUUCCAACUAUGGAUGUUGCGCGACUUAACAACGUGGGUAAGUUAGAUGAGUGUGUGCGUAACCGCGCAACAGGUGAAGCCUCGCUAAUCGAAGUGGAGUUCUGCAUUGUGCAGUCGCCCGCAGUGGCCCCCAAAGAGGACGACGAACUGGGAAAGUUAUUGGACUUCGAGUUUAUUUUGUCAAACACAAUUGGUUCUGAAGAUAUGAACAGCAGUAACCAAAACAACGGCAGCAUUUCCCCGCCACAGUGCGCAUACGCACUGCCAGACUCUCCAGACAGCUGCAGCACCGCCUCUGUCCAAGACUGCAAUGACCAAUCCGCGUCUUCCCUGGACGUGCACAGUUAUCAGUGCUUUCCUGACCCUCCUGUGCCUAGCCUUAUGGCCGAGUUACUUGCACCUAUGAAUUACCCAGUGUCAGGAGAGCAUAGUAAAACAAUGGAAUACACUGACUUGCUUUCUUCCUCCACGUUCCCACUUGGAUACAAAGUGAAAGUAGAGCAUGUUGGACAGUCUUGCAUGAUGGCUUCUGAGGAGGACUAUUUGAGACACAGCCAAUUGGGUCUAACAUCUUUCCACCAAACUCCUGUUCAAGUGCCUUUCCACCCAAUGCAAGGCCGCACUGACUGCCAUCUACAGCAGGUGACUCAUCUCCAGCAACAUUAUCAAAGCCAGUUUGUGAGUCCACACUACUCCCCACAGUUCCACCACCAGCCCAUACCUCACUAUCAUGGACAGUACGUGCACAGGGAGCAUCACACUGGUUCCCUGCUUACACCACCAUCGUCUCCAUCUUUGAUGGAGUUAUACACACAGGAAGAUGGAACAGGUGUAAUCAAGCCAAAGAGGGGACGCAGGUCAUGGGCCAGAAAACGUGCUGCAACUCACAACUGUGAGUUUCCAGGAUGUGGGAAGACCUACACUAAAAGCUCACACCUCAAAGCUCACAUGAGAACUCAUACAGGUGAGAAGCCAUACCACUGUAACUGGGAAGGAUGCGGAUGGAAGUUUGCCAGAUCUGACGAGCUAACACGACACUUCAGGAAACACACUGGACAUCGCCCGUUUCAAUGCCACUUGUGUGAGCGGGCUUUUUCCCGAUCGGACCACCUGGCUCUACACAUGAAGCGGCACAUGUAG